AUGGACGAUAAGGCUGAUUACCCCUCGGACUUCCUGCAAGCGCGAAACAACACCUUGACAGACGAUGAGGUAAACCAUCUGCUCGAGAAGCCAGGCUGCGCAGCUCGCUUCGUCUACGGAGUCCUAAUGCUCCCCACGGCACUAAAAUACUUCCUCGACAUGCCGCAGACCACGGACAUCGCCAAAUACAUGAUGCACGCAACUGUGUACGGGUUCAAGCUCUACCACUUCGGCCCGGACAGCACACCCGUCAUGCUGCCCUCAGAGGACCCUCAGCACCGAGUCGAAGGGAUGCUCAUCCUCGGGUUGAAUGAAGAACAUCGCAACAGGAUCUACGAAUAUGAGAGCGGGCUCAUGAGGCUUGUCGAUGUGCGGGCACAUGUCACUCAGCUGGACUCGUUCGAGGGCUACGAUAUUAGCAGUGUGCGGAUUGUCGAUGCGGGGGCGUUCGUCUGGAACCAGGAAAAGGAGGACGAGGGGAUGAAUGAGCUUCCGUCGACAGAACAAGGUCUAUAUACCUGGCCUAUAGAUGGAAUUUUGUGUAGCCAGAUAUAUCAGAAUAUGCUUGCGGCUCAGCGCGCGUCGACGAUCGAUUUGGCGAGAACGUCGGCACCGGAUGCUUAG